CCUGACCAUCUCUACGUGUCACUAAAUGAACCCAAACUCCUCUGCUAUGUACUAUAACGCAGCUGCAACCAAUAUGAGCUCAACUUCCCUUGCUUGCUAGAACAAGACACAAUUUUUCAGUUUUCACCGUCAUAGAUUUACCGAUCAUCAGUUUAUUUCCGGCUAUAAAUAGAAAGCAUCGGAAGUUCCAGAACACCGAAGAUGAUUAAUGCAAUCAGAUCGAUAAGAAAGCAGUCAACAUCUUUGCCGAUCACACCGUCUCUGCGUUCAUCAAGUUACUUAGGUCAGAAAGCCUCACGGGUCGGAUUCAGGCAGGCCUCCGCCACAACUAAGUCAACUGAGCCGGAAAGCGAUCCCGAAAUGGACGAGAAUGCAGCUCAUAACCCACACAUUAAAUCUGGGGACUUGAUGUCUCAUUCGUUUGGGGAGGGGUACGCGACGCGGUGCGAGGAUGAUGGAUUUGGAGGGAUAUAUGGGGGAAACCAGACGGUUGCCAAAGCUGAUCAAGAACAACUCAUCCAUGAGAACCACCAUGCUUAUGAUAAGACUCAGGGAAGUGAGGUUAAGGAGAAGGAGAAAGCUCGACACCAGAUGGAGCCCAAAACUAAUUAGGCUGGCUACACCCUUGAGCAGGGGCCAAACCCCCUCGGCUCCUCCUAUAUAAGAUGUUGUUUUCGAAUUAAGUAGUACCUCUUUCGUUUUUGUUUCCAGUUCUAUGUUUUUUCGAAGAACGGAUGGACGCUAGAAUAUAGAUGUAGCAGUCAUGGGUAUGUGACUAGCUCUGUGCCUAUGUGAUGUACAAGAAAUAAUGUAUUUGUUUUUGUUAAUUUGUUUUUGGGAUGGGUACGUAUCUGCAUCCUCAGAAUCAGUAUAUGAACCGUACUAGCUAGCUCGACUAGUAUCCGAGUCCAAGCCGGUUUUCACUAGAGCAAUAAGAUCUCAUUGGUCCAAGGUGUUUUUAAUCUUGCAAGUCCGCAUAUAUCUGAUACUUUUUUGAUGUAUUUUUACUAGCGUUAUAUGAAUCCUUGAGUUGUGAUGGUCUUUAGCAU